UAGUCACUCGCACGCAAACAGAUCGCUGGAGAGGGAGAACACGAACACACAAAAGGAAAUAGUAGUUUUCCGUACGAAUCGAGCCCAGCCCAGAAAAGCGGAAAACGGAACGGACGCGCCAGCGGUUGCAAUUUUCCAUUAACUGAGUCAUCCAUCUGCACAACAUGCAAACCAUCAAGUGCGUGGUCGUCGGCGACGGAGCCGUGGGCAAGACCUGCCUGCUCAUCUCGUACACAACCAACAAGUUCCCCUCGGAGUACGUGCCCACGGUCUUUGAUAACUAUGCGGUCACCGUGAUGAUCGGCGGCGAGCCCUACACACUGGGCCUGUUCGAUACGGCCGGGCAGGAGGACUACGACCGGCUGCGUCCGCUCUCCUACCCACAGACGGAUGUCUUCCUGGUCUGCUUCUCGGUGGUUAGUCCCAGUUCAUUUGAGAACGUCAAGGAGAAGUGGGUGCCCGAGAUCACGCACCAUUGCCAAAAGACGCCGUUCCUGCUGGUGGGCACACAGAUCGACUUGCGCGACGAAACCAGCACGCUGGAGAAGCUGGCCAAGAACAAGCAGAAGCCCAUCACCAUGGAGCAGGGCGAGAAGCUGGCCAAGGAGCUGAAGGCCGUCAAGUACGUGGAGUGCUCGGCCUUGACACAGAAGGGCCUGAAAAAUGUAUUCGACGAGGCCAUCCUGGCCGCCCUUGAGCCGCCAGAGCCGACAAAGAAAAGGAAGUGCAAAUUCUUAUAAUUCUUCUCCCCCCGCAUGAUGUGUCCCUUUCUUUCUGGCUUUCUACUAUCGCAUUGACUCCUUCCCAGCCUCCCAGCGUCGAGAAGCGUUUAAUAUAUGCCCAUAUAUAUGUUUUGACAAUGUAAUUCUGCAAUCGCUUCUGCCGGAGCCCAGUCCAGCCCAGUACUCCAGAAGCUGCUUCCCCUCCAUCUGCCUAUGUCUGUCUCUCCCUCUCUUUCUCUAUCCGUAUCUGUGUCGGUACUGUCCGUGCUCCGACUUUGGAGCUAGAAUCGCCCUGGAUUAUGAUUUAAACACUGUCUCAGCUGACUGGGCAGUUGCUUUUAAACUGGGACACUCUUCCGCCCCUCAGAUUUCAAUCCCGAUCUUCGCCAGGACCGACUUCAUUUCUGCUCGCAUUCUUGUUUUUGGCGCAAUUUUCUUAUUAAGAGAGAAAACACAAUAUCAAUAUAGCGAAAACAAAUUAUUUAUAUAUAUUUCUUUAUAUAUAUACAAGAAUUAAGAAGAAACAACAAAAUAUAAACUUAUGAUAAAACAAAAAAAAAACAAACAAAAAAAGGGAGAACCAUGCAAAUUUUUGUUUUGCAUCAGUCUAUGAAACACUUGCAAUCCAAGUCGAUAGUCCCAUGAGCAAUGUGAAAAAUAAGCAAAGUCGCGAAGAUUAAAUAAAAUAUUUAUGAUAACUAA